GUAGGGCUGCACUCUUAUCAAACCAUCUCGAAGCCAUCUUCCUACUAUUACAAUGCCACCCAGCGAGUUUUCUCUGCGUCUCCAGCAUGGUAUCACCGGCGGGUUUGCACCCCCUACCCCAAGCGCCAUACACACUAUUACCAAGGCCACUGCUAAUAACCUUCUCAUAACUUCUGCCGUUCGACCAGAUGGUGAACCCAAUCUAGUCCAAUCUGCGUUGCCCAAGUCAUUGGAAUACAAAGACCACUCGCACUCGCCACUGGUAGACGAACUUCAUACAAUAUUGAAAUCGUUACCCACCGAGAUUCCGCCAGGCAGUGAGGAUAUAUAUGGUCUGGAUACAAGUAUCGCUUGGGGAAGCAAUGACUUGAUGUGGGUCAAUGGUGGGCCGCAAGGAUGCGGUGGGGGGACAAGUGCAGUGCAGCCAACGGAAGAGGAGAAGAAGAAAUUCAAGAGGGCGGUGGACAUUGUGAAGACGUUGGUUACUAGCGAGUGAUAAGGUAGGAGUCUGUGUAUUCGAUGUAUCUGGAUGGCAAUCAUGUAUCUAUAUUCCUUGUCCAUGUAUAUCUGUUCAACAAACACGGUAUUUGCAACCCCUAAAA